CGGGGUACUCUCAGACGAAUUCUCCGACCAAAUUUCCUAUAAGGCCGGGUCCUUGUUUUACAAUCUCCUAUCGCGUUCCUCUUCAAACAUAUGACAGAAACAAAGUGAAAGAAGAGAUAUGUUGGGAAUUUCAUAUGGAGAGCUAUUUCUCUUGCUUGGCGCUAUUGCUACUCUUAUUGGACCUAAAGAUUUGCCAAUCAUAGCAAGAACAACUGGCAGAUUUGCUGGGCGUUCCAUUGGUUAUGUUCAAUUGGCCCGUGGUCAAUUUGAAAGUGUUAUGCAGCAGUCUCAAGCUCGUCAGGUGCAUAAGGAACUGCAAGAUACCAUUGCUCAACUGGAAGCCAUACGUCAUGAAAUUCGAACUAUCUCUUUUAUGAAUCCUGGUCCAAUGACAUCGAGGCUAGUAGACAGCAUCAACACAGCAGCUGCAAAUAACGUUGAUGAAGCAAAAGGGUCUGACAUUGUGUUAGAAGCGAUACUGGAGGCAGAAGUGGAAAAUAAUGCCAAAGAGUUUUUCUCACAGCCACAAAACCAAUUAAAAAGUGACUGAAGAGGUACAUUUAAAGAAGAUUUGCGCAUUAGAAGGCAGAGAUCAGCUUCAUACCAAGUGAGCAUGUCAGCUGUGGAUGAAAUAUUUCCAUGGAA